AUGUUCAUGCAAGUCAAGUUGCGAGAACAAGACAGGGACGCACUGCGGUACCUAUGGCGUGGGGAUCGACGAGACAACCAACCUCCGGAAGAGUACAGAAUGACAUCAUUAAUUUUCGGAGCAUCGAGUUCGCCUUCAACAGCAAUAUACGUCAAGAACCUAAACGCCAAACAGCACGGGGAAACUCACCCAGAAGCCGCAGCGGCCAUCAUAAUGAAGCAUUACGUCGACGACUACUUGGACAGCUUCAGAACCCUCGAAGAUGCCAAACGCAUCACGAAGAGUGUACGAGCCGUGCACAUGAAAGCCAGCUUCGAGUUGAAACAGUGGAAAUCAAACUCAGCAUCGCUCCUAGAAACACUUGGAGAAGACAGCCAGACAGAAGACAUGGAACUCUACAAAACAGAAGAAAAGAUGGAACGAGUUCUGGGUGUUGUUUGGAAGAUCCACUCGGACGAACUCACCUUCAACCUCAACUUAGCCAGAAUACCCUCAACACUCCUAGAAGGGAAGCAGCCGACGAAAAGGGAAGCACUGAGAAUAGUGAUGUCGCUCUUCGACCCGCUCGGAUUCGCCUCGCCUAUCACCAUCAGGGCAAAACAACUCCUCCAGGAAGUCUGGCGUAGAGGAACAGCAUGGGACGACAAGAUCGACGAAGACCUGGCAGAGCAGUGGAAAAUGUGGAUGGAGCAUCUGGAAGACCUCCACGAAAUAGCAAUCCCGCGACAAUAUCUUCACUACAGUGACGCGGCCUCCCUAGAACUCCACGUCUUCAGCGAUGCCAGCGAGUCAGCUUAUUCUUCGGUCCUCUUUUGGAGAGCUGUAACAGCAGUAGGCGAGGUCCACCUAUCCCUUAUUGUGGCGAAAGCAAAGGUGGCACCGUUAAAACUGACGUCCAUCCCAAGAUUGGAGCUACAGGCAGCAGUCAUGGGCACCAGGCUCGCAGAAACAGUAGUCGAAGAACACGAGAGGAAACCUGACCGCAAAGUAUUCUGGACAGACAGCAAGACAGUACUAACCUGGAUAAGGACAGGGUCACGUUCAUAUAAGCCCUACGUGGCUCACCGUCUAGCAGCAAUAGAAGAGAGUUCCAAAGUUAACGACUGGCGCUGGGUUCCGACAAAGCUGAACGUGGCGGACGACGCCACACGAGACGUACCAGCAGCAUUUAAUAAAGAACAUCGAUGGUUCAAAGGGCCUGACUUCUUAUACCUAACAGAAGACUUCUGGCCGACAGAAACCACAAGAGCAACAGCGGAAGAACCUUCCGACGAAGAAAGGACACAUUACGUGAGCAACAAAAGAAGAUUGAGGCUUGCCGAAGGUCUACCUGAUCCAGCGAAGUUCUCCAACUGGGACCGACUCCGAUACUCAACCGCACGUGUUCUACAGUUCAUUCAACUCUGCAGAAACACCAAACAGAGAGUCAACUACAAACGAACAAAGAAGAAUAAAGAGGCUGAUCCCACUUGGAAAAAGAACAAAGCUACAGUGAAAUAUCAGGCGCACAUGACGACAAAGAAGCGGUCGCCAGAAGACAUAAAGCCGCUAAUGGUCUCAGCCGAGCUGCUUAAGACAGCUGAAGAGCUUCUGAUGCGAUCCUCCUAA